GCAUUUAGAACACUUGUGAGAAACGGAGAAAGGAGUGGGGGACUGUUUUCAGGUUGGGAGGUUUGUCAAUAGCUUGGGAAUUAAUGCGGGGCGUGGGGGUGGGGGGCGGAAACGGGAAGCGGGGUGGCUGGGCUUACCUAAAGGGGCGAUUUAACAGCUCAGGGUGUCCACUCGAAUACCCUGGCCUACAGGUCUUAGUAAAUUUGGUGAGGAGUAAAUGGGUAAGACUUCAGAGGGUUGUUUGCUUUCACCCUUGUUUUCAUCCAGGCAUUAGCAAUGGCCCCCGAUUUCAGAUUAGGGAAGUGAGGCCUGAAACAUUAGGGAACAGUGAAGCCCUGGAAACGGUGUCUGUUAAAGGUGGGACGACCCGGGGUGCACUGGUAGUGCACAGGCUUUGGAAAGGCCAUCGAAUGAUCGACUGGACAUGGUCUGCCGGGGACCCUCCUUACCCCACCACAUGGCACCUCUUUUAAGGGCAACCUAGAAUGGUCUUGGAAAGACGCUGUACACACUCUUUGUCGGCCGAAGCCAGUCCCGCACAGUUCCCAGCGGGCUGUGCGGCUUGUCUCCAGCCCUACCAGUUCUGCCCUAGUCAGGUGUCCUCUUAGUAAUACAGGGUUAACAUCCGAGCCUCUCGUAACCAACAACCACCGCCGAAUGCAAAGGAGGCUGCAUCUCCCGAGCAACCGCCGGCGUCCUCAGCUUCCCCCUGAUUGGAGGGCGACGCGCGCGCCGGCGAGCGAUUGGUACGCGGUGUCACGAGGCGGCGGGGGUGUGACGGCAGCGGUGCGUUGCUAGUAGUGCCUGGAGCGGCUUUGCUCGCAGGACUGCGCCUCCGUGUAAGCCUGCGGUCAGGAGAGGGAGUGGACGAGAAAGCCGCGGAGGGCGCCCGGGCUGCGCGGGCCGCUGAGCCUGGCCGCGCUGCUGCCACUGGCUGCCCUACGCAGGUCAGCCGGGCCUGCCUCUUCCGCCGCCGCAGCUGCCCCGGCGUCUAGUCGACAACACAUCCUUUGCUUUCCGUCCCUCCGCAAGCGCGACGCGGGGUGCUCCGCCCCUCCCGACGGGUGUUGAUCUCCAAGUCGCCGACUCUGUCGUGGGGUCUGACAGCUGCCUUCCAGGUGCAAGACUCAAAACAUGAAUGAUACAUAUUACCAAUGUUCAAAGCUGACUUGGCUGGAACUGGAAUACAGUUGUCUGCAACAUAGUCCAGAGGAAUUAGGAAAGUCAAAGUAAUGGAUAACAGAGAAGACCCUCCAUUCUUCAAUGGAGAUAACAUGGGACCAUUUUACUACAAACUUCCUUUCUAUAAUACCAUAAAGCUCUUCAUUGAAACAUUGACUGGAACAUGUUUUGAGCUCAGAGUUUCACCCUUUGAAGCUGUCAUUUCUGUGAAAGCAAAAAUUCAAAGAUUGAAAGGUAUUCCCAUCUGUCAGCAGCAUUUAAUUUGGAAUAACAUGGAACUUGAAGAUGAAUAUUGCUUGAGUUAUUACAACACUUCAGAAGGUUGUACCCUGAAGCUGGUAUUGGCUAUGCGUGGUGGACCUAUAAAUACUAGAAGAGUUCCUAUGGAAGAUCCACUGAGGGAGAUGGCUGAGUACAUGGAUUCCAGUCGAGGUGAAGUCUGGGAGAAGACCUCCUGCAACAAACAAGUUACAUUUUUGGUAUACCGAGAAGGAGAUCAAUUGAAUUUCUUUCAUGUAGUAGAUAGGGGAGAUGGCACUUUAACACCAUCAUCUGAAACUUUAAGCGGCGGCUCUGUGUAUGGUUCACAUACUGCGGAGGAUAAGGAACUUGAGCAUUCUCCCUCUGGGCAACAGAUCAUCGAGAAUUCAAUAACUAUGAAUAAGAUGAAGCUCCUGAAGGCCAAGAUGGAGAACAACAAUCCCAGCAAAAAGCCUAAGAAAGCUGUCAAGGUAAAACCUCAUCCACCUAUAGCUCCUCGACCUUCUAGUAGUUCCACGGCAGCUGCUCACCACAGAUUGUCAAGGGUUCUCCCCAACAUUGGGCAGCCUUGUUUGCCUUCUCCUGGGGAUGCUUAUCUACAUGAAAUAUCCAGCGGUGCAAUUUCAAGUUUGGCAGCUCUGCCCCCUGCUGUUGGACCCACGUCAUCUAUAGCUAGCGGUUUUCCUAAGGAAGAUGACUGGGAGAGUAACCCACUGUCUCAUUCCAAUAGCAGCAUCAAACUACGACCUCGGAUACCCCAUACGGAGUUGGAAAGUGACAAAGAGCUUGUUGAUCCUCUUCUCCACCUUGGAUCAUCCUUGCCUAGGCAGACAAAACACUUUUCAGGAAAUUUGGUAUCUAAUAAUGAGAAUGACACUGUUUUAUCUCCGACUUUAGAAGAGUGUGUAACUGAAGAAUCACUUCUACCUGAAGUAGGUUCUUUUGCUUCGUUUACAGAAGGAAAUGGUGAUGAACAGAGCAGUGUCUUAGAAGGCACUUGGAAGGGAAAUCCAGAGUUCUUACUCACAAAUGGUGAUAAAGGGUUGAAAGCUACAGAGGAGCAUCUUAAACAUGUUGCAAGAAUGUUAAGUGGUGAAUCAGUAGAGACUACAGUUCUCAACCACAAUGACUUAAAUCCUCACAAAAAAAGAUUCUUGUCACCUCUUUGCUAUUCUACACCAAUGUCACUACAUAAUUCUGUGGUGAAACCACAGAGACGACCCAAAUGUUUUGCGUCUGAGAACCUCCAGUCUUCUACUUCACAAAAAGUCCUUCAGUCAUUGGAUGUUCGAAAUAAAACUGAUUCUUCUUUCUCAAGGUCUACUCGCUUUCAAGCUGUUAAAGUUGAUUCCCCUGGGAAAAGAUCUGAUAUUAUUUCUAAAGUUGAGGCUAGGGAUAUCACAGAUAUGGCUAACAAGGCUUCUAAAGAGCCUGUUGAUUGUGUAAAUAAUACAGGUUCUCUUGCUUUGCUGGCCCAGAGUGCAAGUAGGGACAGUUUACAGAGCACACGUGGGGCAGGCAGGCUUCAGACCUCUGGAAUUGGGCUGUCUGCAAACCUCCAGCAUUUUCAGGAAGAAAGCUUCAGGAAAAGUUCUCCCCAGUUAGAACCUACAGAAUUUUUUUCAUCUACUCGUGGUAUUGGAAUGAAUGGAAAUAAUACAGCAGCAGGGAAAAGAAUAGGAGAAGGUACUCAUCACCUCCCGCCUGUGAAAGCCCCCAUUCACACAAAGAAGAAGACGACAAAGCAUUGUUUCCUUUGUGGAAAGAAAACUGGACUGGCUACUAGCUACGAAUGCAGAUGUGGAAACAACUUCUGUGCACCUCAUCGCUAUGCAGAAACUCAUGGCUGCAUCUAUGAUUACAAGAGUGCAGGGAAGAGAUACUUACAGGAAGCAAAUCCUGUGGUAAAAGCACCAAAACUUCCAAAAAUCUAAUUCUUGCUCUGUGCCUACUGUUCUGCCUGAAGAAUUGUAUUACAGUGACAGAAGAAAUACUGUUUAGACGGCAUUGUUUUUGUUCGGCUCCAAAAGACUUGCCAAAUGACAAAAGUAUAAGAUGCAUAAUGUUGGAGACUGAGAAUGCUACUGUAUUUGACAUCUUUAUUCUUUGGUGAAUCAAAAGUUUUAAAAGUAGUUUGAAAAACUUUAUAAUGAUUUAGCUUUGUUAUUGCAUGUCUUGUGUUAUGUUAUAUUUGAUACUGCAAUUUUACUAGACAAGUCUUCAAAAGAUGUACUUUAGGAAAUUAACAUUAACUGUGUGACCAGCUUCCACACUGCACUGAAAUGAUCUGUCAAGUAAUAGCUCUACUCAAAUCUACCUGUUUUGUUUUGUUUUUUACUGGAGUAGGGUAAGUGAGAGUUUUAAAAAAAUCCAUGUAAAAAUUAUUGAGUUUACUAAAACAAGUUCCUUUUUAUUUUAAGCUAUUUUUUAUAAAAAAGAGCAUUUGGUUUUCUUGUGUAGUUUUAACACAUAUAUUUCUUCCAUAUUCAGAUUGACAUUCAGAUAUGUAUCCAUUCUAUAAAACACAGCAUGUUAAUCAUAGUAUAUAUUUCUUAAAAUACUACUUUUUGAAUGGUAGUUUUAAAACAGAAGCUGUCCCACUUGUUGCCAUUAAAUACAGAGCCCAACUUUACACUUCUUGAAAAAAUGGCUACACUUAAAGUAAAAUCUUACAGCUUGGUUUAUUUUUCUUAUAUGUUGAGUGCUAUUUCCAGGAGAAAUUCAAAUAAAUGUUUAUUCAUUAUGAGUUUGAUUAUUUGAUUAUUUACAAUAAUUUUUAUUUUAUAUAUACCUUCUUUAUAAAAUCAUUUAAUUAAAUCAGUAAUUUGUUCUACUUGGAAAAAAUGACCAUCAGUAUAAAAGUAUUAUUUUAGGGCAUUAAAGGUGCUCUGCUUCCCAGAUAUAACCUAUAAAGCAGCUAAACUUUUGGGAGACCACUUGCUUCAUGGGAACUUAGCCAGAUCUGAUCCUGAACCCUUGUAAAUAACAGGCAGCAAUCCAGGUAGACUCUGCAACUGUAGCCCAACCCAGGUGGGAUCUGUUGGGUUACCAGAAGGUGCCAUCCAGGGCUUCU